UGAAGUCAAAAAGGCAGUUUUUGUUAUUAACGGUUAGUUUUGCUCAACCCACUGUGAUCCUUGAUCAAAAGCUAACAUUAGCAUUAAGCUAUGCUAACCUAGCGUCUCAGGGGUGCCGUGCCCAAUCCUGGUCCUGGGGGGCCGGUAUCCAGCAGGUUUUAGUUUUAACCCUUCUUCCACACUCCUGAAUUCAAUCAGCAGGUGAUUAACAGGCUUCUGUAGAGCCUGAUGAACUGCUGCACAGGUGAUUCAACCACUGAAUCAAGUGUGUUGGAGCAGAGAAACCACAAAACCUGCUGGAUACCGGUGGGCCCCCCAGGACCAGGAUUGGGCCCCCCUCAGACGUCACUCUCCAGAAUCGUUUAAAUGCAUAAGAUGAAAGAAACGUUCUUCUUAAGGCGUGUUUUAGAAGUAGACGCUGAGCUGUUGAGUUGCUAACUAGCUAACGCGACCAAACUGCGUCCUGUUCCUAAACAGCGUGUUUAAUGACUGAACGUCGAUGGACAUCUCGGGGAGCCUAGCGAACAGUGAAGACGCGGCUCGUGUUAUUGUCGCCUUCCUCCAGGCAGACUGCAUCGACCAGCUUUACAGAAAUGAGCUAAUUUCCCUUUGCAACGAAUUAGCGGUUGAAUGGGCUAUAAACCGCCACGAGCACCAGGUAAACACUCCGGACCAUGGAGAGCUUGAAGCCGAUGGGCACUUGCCAGGAAGAAUUACAUUGUCUAUAGAUGACAUUCAGCCCCAGGUCGACCCGCAGCCUCUCGCUGCAGGCCAUGCAGGAGAACUUGUAGACUUCCAAGCUGUCGCAGAAGGGCUGAGAGAGAUCGCGGCCCAGUUUGAACACAAUGUUGUGACCCAGGCUACUCAGAACCUGAGUAGGAAAAUCUCAAGGUCUCCUUCUGAGCACUGGAAGGAUCACCUUGCAGAUGAAGUGGACCAGCUGAUGAAGCGAGGAGUGGUUCUGGAGCACCUCCACCAGGAGCGGGUCAUCAUGGCCCUCACUCUCACCCUGGUGAAGGGGAUUUGUGUACAGACGCCACAGCUGCUGAGAAUGCUCUUCACUACAGUGCACCAGCUGGUCUGCUGUGCUGGGUCCAGGUGACUUCAGACGGCUGAAUUUGAAACGGACCCGUUCGUCCUCAGGACCAGCCAGCUGUGGAAGGAGCUGGCAUUUGCAAAGCUCACAUAGUCGUAACGGACCAAAGCAAACUGGGGACUCAUUUAAGUUUAGUCUUGUGUGAAAAUGGAGAAUUGAGAGUUGAGUUUGAGACUUGGCUUGUUUUAUAUUCAUGGAACAAACAAAACUAUAUUUUCAUGAUAAACCUGAAUUUUGUCAUUUGUGUAGCUUAAAUGAUUUAAAGCUUAAGUUUAAUAGCACGUAUUCAACGUAAAUGAAGUCCCACUAAAGCGCUGUACUCAGAUGGGGGCAAACCCGUGUGUGAAACAGGAUCUAUGUAAGAUUGCAUCGUAGGACAAAAACAAGCAUCUUUGUAAGGAUGGAUGAUGUUUCUACAUGAAGCAGCAACAGAAGUAAGCAUUCAGGCACAAUAAAAAUGGAUUUGUAUGCAUGGUAGGGCAAAAAUCCUUUAUUGGUGUAAGUGACACAAAUAAAACUCAUUUGCAUUUGCA